AUGAAGAAGAGAGCAGAACCAAACAAUGGCUCUAAAUCUGAUACAGAUAGGGCUAAGCGUAUUUACAGAGCUGCUCUGGAGUCAAUUAAAUGUCUUGAUGGAAUCAACAAAGGAAAGAAAGCUUAUCGGGAAGUGUUCAGCCCAGAUGCCGUUGGAUUGCGCAAUAAGCUGAAAGAUUACUGUGAGCGGUUGAUGUUUUUCAACCCUGUAGAGUAUGGACGUAAAGCAGAGGAAGUAUUAUGGCGCAAAGUUUUCUACGAUGUCAUCCAAGUUGUUAAACGAAGCAAAGAUCACAUUCGACAUCAUGGUUCAGUGGAGACUGCCUAUCGGACACACCUGGCUGCUGCGGCAGGUUACUACCAGCAUCUUGUCUUCCGGCUACAGCGAGAGUUCUCCCUGCGGCUGGCAGGUGUCAUUGACUACCACCAGUUACCUGAAAUCAGAGCAGGUCGAAGGAAUGACACCAGCAGUGUGAAGACAAUCAAUCCCAGCAUCCAGGAGUGGGCCCAGAGAGCUUGCCAUCGGUGUCUUAUCUGCUUGGGUGAUAUUUCCCGCUAUAUCUGUGAUGUGGAUCGAAUGUCAAUCCCAACUACUGCCUGCCGAUACUACCACCAGGCUUUCAUGCUUUUCCCAGAAAUUGGUAUGCCCCAUAAUCAGCUGGGGACACUGGCAGGGUCUCGCUAUUCUGGAUGUGAGGCUGCCUACCAUUAUGUUAGAUGCCUUGCUUGUGAGAAACCUUUUGAUGGAGCCCGGGGUAACUUGACGCGCUUGUUUGAGAAAAAUGCCAAGAGAUUUCAUGAGUUGAACACACCACAGGCAAGAGACCUUCCCCCUGAUGAGCAGAGACAUCAGGAUAUUAAAAGAUUUUUCACACGAUUUUUCAAACUCCUGGAGAUUUUUCAUGGGACAUCUAACAACAUUGAGAUGACAGAACUGCAGCAACUAUGUCAGCACGCCCUGCAAGACUUCAACCUAUGCAUGUUCUACGAGCCCCAGCAUCAACUCAAGCAGAGAGACCCUCAAGGUGGAGCCGAGAGCCGAGACUUUCACCUGGAGGAUUUUCAUGAGUUCUUAGACCCAGGUGAUCCGGCAUCCUUCCAGUAUUUGGACAACGGCAUUGUCUUCACAAUCUUUGGCUGUCUCAUGUGUACCAUACAUCUGCUGGAGAAGACUGGUUCCACAAACAUCACUGCUGCCACAGCAUUUCUCUUGGCACUGUUUUCUCACCUGCUCAACCACGUGGUGAUCAGGCUGCAGGGAUGUCUGGAGGACAUGGAGCACCCAAACAAGAUCCUCAUUGCAGGCUCCUCAUUAUCAUCGGAAAAUAUGCACAACGACGAGUCGUCCGGAAGUGAAGAUGAACGGGCGCGGAGGAUUGAUGAUCAUACCCUACAGAAUUCUGUGGAUAACACAGCAAGAUCUGUGAGAAACGGCAGCAACAAGACUGAGUCAAAGAAAUCCAGGGUGUCCACUCUUCGCGGUCUGCGACGACGGAGACCUCAGCGCCGUGACAUGAGUGAAAGCAGCGACAAUAUGUCUGAUAUGUCAGAAGUAUCAGAUCUCAGUGAAGGUAAUGAUGAUGAUGUUGAUGAUGGCAUCGUCUCCAGUGACUCGGAGGAUGAUGAUGACCUGGCUAGCUACUUUGACCAUGGAUCAGAUUCUGAUCUGUCGGAAACAGAAGAUGCUCCAGAACAUGAGAUGAAAGCAAACACCAACAACGCAAACUCUGGAAAUACAGGCCAUGGCAACUGGCCACCGUCUGGCAAAAGUCUGCCCAACGGUGACAUGAAGCACAUCUGGUUGAAUGGUAAUGGAGACAAAAGUCUGGCAGACAUAUCCUCGGAGCUGUUUUCCUCAUCUCUCAUGUUUCUUGGCCAGGAUCUGGCUCAGGGCAAUCAGACAGCAGACGUGUUGAACACCAGGGAGAGCGUACUUGUCCCCCCUG